AUGGUUUUAUUCUUUUCAGUCAUUAUUAAGAAAGUCCCAGAGCCCCCAAAGAGCUUUGAAGAAUUCUUAAAGUCUCAGAACUGGGAUUAUUGGCCCAGGGAUGUUCACAUUAGAGAUGCUGAUAUAUGGGAAAACACUCUGAGAAAACUAGAAGAGGCUGUUUCAUAUGAUUCAGUUUAUUCUUAUCUGUGGACCAACGUUCCUAGACUAUAUGAAAUCGUCGACAGCAUGGAGUCAAAGUUAAAGGAAUGUUCACAUCUUUUGCAACAGCAUGCCUCCAGAUUAUUUGAAAGUGACAGACUGAUCUCCAAGAAAAGGACAUAUACAAACCUGGACCGCUACAAGGCAUUUCUAAAAGAACACUAUAAGCGAAAGAAGAUAGUGCUUUCAGAUCAAAUGGAGACAGAGAAGAAUAUAGAGGGUUGCACCUUUUUACUCAAACAAAAUGAGCUGACACAAUUACCCAGACAUUUGGAUGCUAAACAGAUUUAUCUUUAUGUUUUAAAAACCCAUAACCUUGAGGAAAAGGUAUUUAAAGUCUGGAAAACCCACAUUCUCUCAGACUGCUCCAUUGCUCUUUUGCAUGACUGCUUUUGGUGGUGGUUUCUGCAUAAAUUCAAGAUGUAUCCCGACUGGUUGGCUCAAGCUGUCUACGCAACCUUCCAGGAAUCAUUUCCAGAAUCCUGCAGCCUCUUCAAUGAUAACUUCAAAGAAGACCUAGGAAAUACUAUUUUUCUUUGGUUGUCAGGUCUAAAACCUGCGCCUGGCUUUUGGACCCACUGGAAACUGCAAGACCUCUGCACAACCACCAUUCAUGGCUGCAGGCGUGUACCUGUGAAGUUGAGAAGGGGGAUCAUGUCCAGCCAGGAGCACGCAUCAGCCAGUAAGGAAUGGGGCAACUUAGAUGUGAGCAAGUAGUCACUGUCACAUAUGCUAGACCAGUCAUUUGUCUGUUUUUCUAACAAUUCAGUUUAGGGGUGGUCCUAGAAUGUCAUUUGAUCUGUAAAUCGCUGCUUCUCCCCGUCCACCUGCUGCAACAUGUCUAUAUCAAUUGUUAGGACUAUGGAUGUCCUCACAUAGGCUGUGUGGCUAGCUAGAUGGCGAUGUGUCUUGCAGCAGGAAAGUUUAACCUUUUUAUUCAGUACAUUUGAAUCAUAUUUCCUUUAGAGCUUAAGUCUUCUUGCAUUUUGUCAAGACUUAAUAAGGUUAUCGAAUUGCUUGCCUGUGAUUUUUCCCAGUGCUUUCUUGCUUCUAUAUUUGACUGACUUCCUGAAUCCAUUUGGAAGUUAUUUUUGAUAAGGAGUAUGAU